AUAUAUAAAACAUCGUCACAUGUGAUGGAUAGCAGUUCCAGGUUGCUGCGCAGACAGGGCUCCUCACCCCAGACAAGGGUGUGACUGACUGCUGCUCCUGGCUCCUGGGGCUGGUCCCGUUUGGACUAAUUAAGAUCCAGUCUCCGGUUUAGCUAUAGCUAACGGACUGCGACUGCUAUGAACAGCUAUCCAGGAAACUUUUCCCGUACCCGUUCUCAAAGACAAAGGCCUUUUAAUAAAUAGACCGAAACAUUAACUUAAAACAUAGUUAGCCUCACAAUAUCACAAACGCAGCAUAUUACUCCCACCAUGGAUGUAUGAAGACAACGGUGGCGUUUCCUCUGAAGCUCAGCAGUCGCUGUCAUCCGCUGUCGACAGCAUAAACAAAAAGCGGCCCGGUUGUGACUGGAGCAGGCCAGGCAUGAGUGAAGCACACCUGGACGAAUGGCAGAGGAGGUCCUUUGACAUUUCAUCUGGCAACUGUACACCUGAACAGACGGCCGAUACCUACCGGGCCCACAUCCUCUCCAUUCAGUAUGCAUGGGCAAGCUCCCAGCUCUCUCAGGCCGGCAUGGCCAGCCUGCUCAGGACAUACUCUGAGCGCUACGCCGCAGUUCUGGACUCGGAUGACCCCCGCACAGGGCUGAACAACUAUGCAGAUAGCGCUCUGCACCUGGCUCGCAGUCAGAGGAACCACAGUGACAAAUGGGAGUCAUCCUUCACCAUGGAGAGUGUGCUGGAGCUACCCUGCGUGAAGAGGAUGAUUCAGUCAGGGACGGGGGGAAGCGGCUCCCUGGUGGCAGCAGGAGAUGUUAACAUAUCUGUGGGGCAAGAGAGCAAAGGCAGCUCCCUACCUGCUACUUUUACUGGGGGCCGGUCAGAGACUGCAUUGUUCAAACCCACAGUUCCACCCCAGCCUAAAACAGAGGUUAACACCACUGCCAGUAAUCCAAACUCAUUCUCCCGUCCUCCAGCCCGACCACAGUCUGUGUUUACUCCCUCUUCCUCAGCUCUUCCCCAGGGAAACCCAGGGGGAACACCGAACUAUCAGUCCUCCUUCUUACCCACCUCCAACCCAUCUAAGCGGAAGAAUUUUUACAACACAGACGGAGGAGAUGGUGGCAGGGUGCAGCAGGGAGGUCAAGGAGGCAGUGACCCGCGAGCUGGAAGCACCUUUAAAACGGCUCGCGAGCAGUUCCUUGUUGAGCAACAGAAAAAACACGCCAACCAGCCACACAGAGCUCAGGCCUCUUUGCCGGCAGCAGCUUUGAAGAAAUCUCUAGGAGCCAACAGGCCGCGGGGUACAUUUUCUAAAUUUGUGUCACCCAUUCCCCGACAAGAAGAAGAAGAAGAAGAAGGAUGGGCGAGCUGUAAUUCCAAUCAGGAACCUCAGAUUGGGGACGAGCGCCUGAAAAACUUUGAGCCGAAGAUAAUCGAGCUGAUCAUGAGUGAGAUCAUGGACCACGGGCCUCCUGUAGUCUGGGAGGACAUCGCAGGCCUGGAGUUCGCCAAGACCACCAUAAAGGAGAUUGUAGUUUGGCCCAUGCUGCGACCUGACAUCUUCACAGGCCUCCGGGGUCCACCUAAAGGCAUCCUGCUUUUUGGACCCCCAGGGACUGGAAAAACUCUGAUAGGGAAAUGCAUAGCUUGCCAGUCAGGUGCCACCUUCUUUAGCAUCAGCGCUUCAUCGCUUACAUCCAAGUGGGUGGGUGAGGGAGAGAAAAUGGUACGAGCCCUGUUUGCCAUCGCCCGCUGCCACCAGCCUGCUGUCAUCUUCAUAGAUGAGAUCGACUCGCUGUUGUCCCAGCGGACGGAUGGGGAGCACGACUCCUCACGCAGGAUAAAAACAGAGUUCCUGGUUCAGCUAGACGGAGCAACAACAGCAGCCGAGGAUCGCAUCCUGGUGGUGGGCGCCACCAACCGGCCGCAAGAGAUAGACGAGGCUGCCCGACGACGCCUGGCAAAGAGAUUAUAUAUCCCCCUGCCUGAGGGAACGGCCCGACGGCAGAUAAUCACUAACCUCAUGACACAAGAGAAGAACCAGCUGAGGGAAGAGGAGCUGGAGAGCGUGGUUGGAGCCACAGAGGGGUUCUCAGGCGCCGACAUGACGCAGCUCUGCAGAGAAGCGGCACUCGGGCCCAUCCGCAGCAUCCAGCUCAGUGACAUGGCCACCAUCACUGCAGACCAGGUGAGACCCAUCCUCUACAGAGACUUCCAGGAGGCCCUGCAGACGGUACGGCCCAGUGUCUCAUCGAAAGACUUGGAGUUGUAUGAGGAUUGGAACAAGACCUUUGGCUGUGGACGUUAAACGUGGCUUCUUAUCCUGAUAUAUUAUUUAUGUUAGUUGGAUUUCAGCUCUGGAGGAAUCUAUACAACAGAGUGUGCAGAGAUAAAAGCAUGUGCACUUUACACUGUUUCCAAAAAAUAACAACAACAGUGUCUGUCAUAAAAGCACAGACACCUAAAAGCAUCACAGAGAAUGCUCUCUGAAUGCAGGGAUAUCUGUCAAAUUUCAUUACACUGAGGAGGUAUUGCUGUUAUUUUGUCCACCGCAAAUAUGUCCAAAAGUUACUUUUAAUUGAAUUCAUCUUUUUACAACCAUCCUGAUGUUUUGUGUAACCAUUAAUAUUCGUUCCUACCAAAAGGCUGUUGCAGAACAAAUCCAGUGAUCUUAAUGCUGACCGGAUGGAAGAGUUUUCUGUUGUUCCCAGCUGAUGCAGUAUCUUCUGUUUUCUUUGGAUAUUUAUUUCACUGUUGCUGUGUGAUUUGCUGAAGGCAUCAAGAUAUGUGAUAUGUAGAUAAAGCAAUGAUUUCAGUUCAUAUUAUAGCAGCUAGAAUCCUUCUUGUAAUGCUUUGAAGAAGAACAUUCAGCAUGUUUAAUAACCAUUACAAUAGAUAUUCUCACCUCUUUCAAAUAUUGUGUGUCAUGACUAGUUCCUAGUUUAAUUCUUAAUUGAAUUGCCAACAUUUUAUUAUUUUCCUAAUAAAUAAAAAUGUUACCAUCAUA